AUGACUUCUCUCAUGCUAUUGGGCCUCUUUGUCUGCCUUUCCGAUGUCAUUCCUGCCAGCCUGGCCACUGCUCCAGUCUGUUCCCUGCUGGGCUACUAUGAGGCAGGAUUCCAGGCUGAUGGAGACUUCAUCAUUGGAGGGAUUUUCCCCUUACAAUACAACAUGGAGAUGCCAGAUCGGAACUUGACUUACAAACCUGCAGCGGUACAAUGUAAUGGAUUUGAUCCUAGAUCUUUCCGCUGGGCACAGACCAUGAGGGUGGCUAUCGAGGAGAUCAACCAGAGUCAGAAACUGUUGCCCAACUUGACUCUGGGAUACAAGAUCUACGACUCCUGUGCCUACCCCUUAACAGGACAAAGGGCAGCUCUAGCAGUUCUGAAUGGACCUGGUGAAGUUCACGCUGCUCUUUGUUCCAGCGCAUCUCCACUUUUGGCUCUGGUUGGAGAAUCUGGUUCUGCACAGUCUAUUGUUGUCUCCAGAACUCUGCAGCCAUUCAGAAUUCCAAUGAUCAGCUAUUUUUCAUCAUGUGCCUGUCUCAGCAAUAGAAGAGAGUACCCAACUUUCUUCCGAGUGAUCCCUAAUGAUGACUACCAAGUGAAAGCCAUUGCUCAACUUUUGCAGUGGUUUAGGUGGACAUGGAUCGGCGUGAUCAAUGGUGACCAUGAAUAUGGUAGAUUUGCUCUUCAGGGUCUCCUGAGGGAGAUCAAAAACACAAGUGUAUGCUUAGCCUACCACCAGAUGAUCCCCUUACUGUACAAUAGGAAGAAAGCCCUUGAAAUCAUCAAUGUAAUGAAGCUUUCCACUGCAAGGGUAGUUGUUGUUUUUUCUGCUGAGGGAGAAAUGACCCCUUUUUUGAAAGACUACAUGGAACAGAACAUCACAGGGAUCCAGUGGAUUGCCAGUGAAGCCUGGGUAACUGCCUCAGUGUUCACAGGCAGUGAGUUUUACCCAUUUCUAGGAGGUACUAUUGGGUUUGGCAUCCGGCAGGGGCAGAUUCCAGGACUGAGAGACUACCUGAUGAAUGUGAAUCCAUUGAGGUACCCCAGUAACCCCCUGGUGCAUGAGCUGUGGGGUGCUUUGUACGGUUGCUCUCCCUAUCCCUCCAGCAGCAAGAUCCAGGCCUCCUCCCAGCUGCCCCCCUGUUCAGGGCUGGAGCCCCUGAAGGAGCAGCACUCUGCCUACCUGAACACCUCCAGCCCUCGUAUUUCCUACAACGUGUACAAAGCUGUGUACGCCAUAGCUCACUCCCUGCACAACCUCAUCAGCUGUAAGCCUGGGAGAGGGCCCUUCCACAACUCCUCAUGUGCUGAUGCCAUAAACAUUCAACCAUGGCAGCUCCAGCACUAUCUUCAGGAGGUCUCCUUUACUAUUUCUGGAGAGGAGGUGAAUUUUGAUGCAAAUGGGGAUGCAAUUCCAUCAUAUGAUGUGAUCAACUGGCAAAGAGGUGCAGCUGGAAACAUUGAGUUUGUCAAUGUGGGAAGGUUUGAUGGUGCAAAAGAGGCUGGAAAGGAGCUAUUCAUCCAGGAGCAGUCAAUCAUCUGGACAGGCCACCAGAGAGAGGUUUUGGUGUCUGUGUGCAGUGAGAGCUGUGCUCCAGGAAGCAGGAAGGCUGUCCGUCGUGGGGAGCCUCUGUGCUGCUUUGACUGUGUACCAUGUGACAGCGGGAAGAUUAGUAAUAAGACAGAUUCCAUAGAUUGCACAUCUUGUCCUGAAGAUUACUGGUCCAAUGCAGCCAGAACUGAAUGCAUACCCAAAGUGAUUGAGUACCUCUCCCAUGAUGCAAUGGGACUGACCCUGACUGUGAUUGCUGUAGUAGGAGCCUGCCUGACUGUCGCUGUUCUGGGAGUUUUCCUCUACCACAGGAACACUCCGAUUGUCAAAGUCAACAACUCAGAGCUGAGCUUCUUCAUCCUGCUCUCUCUGACUCUGUGCUUCCUGUGUGCACUGGUGUUCAUCGGAGAGCCUACAUCAUGGUCCUGCAUGCUGCGCCAUACUGCCUUCAGCAUCACUUUCUCACUCUGCAUCUCCUGUAUCCUGGGGAAGACUCUGGUGGUGCUGGCUGCCUUUACAGCCACCAGGCCUGGAAACAACAUCAUGAAAUGGCUGGGGCCCAAACAGCAGAGAUUUAUCAUAUCUGUCUGUACCUUUAUACAAGUGAUAAUCUGUGCAGUGUGGCUGAUCACUGCUCCUCCUUUCCCGAACAAAAACACCCAGUAUCAGAGGUCCAGAAUAAUCCUGGAGUGUAGUGUGGGCUCUGAACAGGCCUUCUGGUGUGUUCUGGGAUACAUUGGGUUCCUAGCUGCUCUGUGUUUUAUUUUGGCCUUUCUAGCCAGGAAGUUGCCAGGUAAUUUUAACGAGGCCAAAUACAUCACCUUCAGCAUGCUGAUCUUCUGUGCAGUGUGGCUCGCCUUUAUACCAGCUUAUGUCAGCUCACCUGGAAAGUUCACUGUAGCUGUGGAGAUAUUUGCAAUCCUAGCUUCAAGUUUUGGCCUGCUGCUGUGCUUAUUUACACCAAAAUGUUACAUCAUUUUAUUAAAACCACAGAAAAAUACCAAACAACAAUUGAUGGGAAAGGAUAGAUAG